AUGCGUCGGUCCCUCACUCUUUUCCUCGGCCUCGCUGCCCUGGGAUUUGCUCAGGACAGUGGUACUCCCACGACUGCGACUGAUUCAUCGACGGCUACCCCCACUGAUUCUGCCACUUCUGCGCCCGCUCCCACAUCUUCGAGUACUAGUUACGGCGCAGAGUCUAGCAACUCGACAACUGCUACAAGCACGACACAAGGGCCCAUAACACACACGGUUGCGGUGGCUUUGGCAGGCUUUACAUUCGCCCCCGACGUGACUCUGGCCAAAGUAGGCGAUACAAUUCUGUUUCAAUUCUACCCUAACAACCACUCCGUCAUUCGCGCAGAAUACGGAUAUCCUUGCGUUCCCUACGAAGACACUGGCGUCGACAAGGUUGGAUUCUUCUCAGGCUUUUAUCCCGUCGAGGCAGUAUUGCCCGACCCACCUCAAUGGUCGAUCCUGGUCAAUGAUACCAACCCAAUCUUUUAUUAUUGCGGAGCGGCGGGAUCGUGUAUCGACCAUCAGAUGGUUGGCGUCAUAAAUCCCAAUGCCACGACGUCCCUACAACACCAAAAAGACCUCGCAGCAGAAUCACAGUUCAUGUUACUGCCGGGGCAACCUUGGCCCAACGAGAGCGAGAAUCCACUCGCCACGUCGUCCCCAACCACCAGUGCAACGUCGACUGCUUCGGCGACCAACUCUCCGUCAACCGGGGCUGCUGAUAAGUCUUCCUCUGGUUCGAGCCUCUCCGGCGGCGCGAUCGCUGGAAUUGCAAUCGGAGCCUCCGCCGUGGCUCUCGCCGCCGCCGUCGCACUCUAUCUCUGUGGUCGCCAAUCCCGCGCCCGCGAGUCUAGCAUAAAACAUAUCGACGACCGCCCCAACACAGGCCACGCGACCCAAGUUUCCUACAAUCCGCACGCGCCGCAUGGCCACAUGUCCUACAUAACAGACCCAACCAAGCAUAUGUCUAUGCAUAGCAGCGUCGUGGGCAUGGCACCUUCUCCAGCGUUGCCUGGAUACGUACCUUCACAUGAUCCCACUAUGUCGCCCCCUCUACAUCCCGCGUAUCCAGCGCCUAUCAGCGACUCGCUCAGCCCCGAGUCAAUUGCGCCAGGGAGCGACGUCGCUGCACCACACAGCCCGAGCCCGAGUCAGAUGUACUCGGUCCCGGCGUAUAGCAUUGGUGUCCCACAGAGCAUGUAA